AAGAAGUUUAAAGAGAGUCGAAGGAGAAUUAGCUAAAGCAAGAGCAGCCAUACGUGAAGCAAUUCAGUCAAGGAACUAUACAUCCGAGAAGAAAGAGACUUUUAUACCUAGAGGGUCCAUUUACAGAAACCCCCAUGCUUUUCAUCAGAGCCACAUAGAGAUGCAGAAGAGGUUCAAGGUAUGGACCUACGAAGAAGGAGAGCAACCUUUAGUCCACGAUGCACCAGUAAACAACAUCUACGCCAUGGAAGGGCAAUUCAUGGAUGAAAUAGAAAGCUACAAAAGCCCCUUCAGGGCUAGCCAUCCUGAAGAGGCACACGUAUUUUUCCUGCCUAUUAGUGUAGCCAAGAUUGUUGCCUAUGUUUACAUGCCUAUUAUCUCCAAAGCUGAUUUCCAUCGAGGUCGUCUGCAACGGAUCGUAAUGGACUACAUCAAGCUCAUAGCAGAUAAGCACCCUUACUGGAACAGAAGCAAAGGUGCUGACCAUUUUAUGCUUUCAUGUCACGAUUGGGCACCAGAUGUCUCAGCUGCUAACCCCGAAAUCUUCAAGAACUUCAUUAGGGUUCUCUGCAAUGCCAACACCUCUGAAGGAUUCCAGCCAAUAAGAGAUGUCUCACUACCUGAAAUUUAUUUACCCUUUGGAAAGCUCCGCCAACCAAUUCGAGGCCAGGACCCUACCAACCGCCCGAUCCUCGCCUUCUUUGGCGGCCACCACGGACACAUUCGGAAAGUGCUACUCAAGUAUUGGAAGGACAAAGAUAGAGAUGUACAGGUCCAUGAGUUUCUCCCCAAGGGCCCAAACUACACCAAAAUAAUGGGGCAGACGAAGUAUUGCUUGUGCCCUAGUGGGUUUGAAGUGGCAAGCCCUAGAGUUGUGGAAGCAAUUUACACGGGAUGUGUACCAGUGAUUAUCUCCGACAGCUAUUGUUUACCAUUCAGCGAUGUCCUUAAUUGGAGCCAAUUUUCUGUAAAAAUUCCCGCAGAGAAGAUACCAGAAAUCAAGACUAUCUUACAAGGGAUUCCCCAUGAGAAGUACUUGAAAAUGCAGAAAAAUGUAGUGAGAGUGCAGAGGCAUUUCGUACUAAAUCGGCCUGCUAAGCCAUUUGAUGUCAUCCACAUGGUGCUUCACUCAGUGUGGUUGAGGAGACUUAAUUUCGCACUUCAUACUUCAAUGCAGGAUGAGGACACUGCAUUAUAAUCUUAGCUUAUAAGCUAGCCUGCUGACAUGAUGAACUUGAGCACACUACUCAUGAGAUGGCUAUACAAGUUAUAAUUUCUGUCCCAUAUAUAUAUAUACAUACAUGUCAGCCAUAAUUAUGCUAGCUAUCUACCUUUAAUUUCUUCAUGUCAGUUUGGCAUGAGCUAGCUAGCUGUGCCUAUAUAUACAAGAUAUAUAUAGUACGUAGCUUGUUCAAAGUAUAAUUAGUUCCUUGGGAUUG